AUGACGAAAAAGAAGAAGGAAUCUCGGAAAAAUCUAUUCAACAACAAGGACGGCACGAGUUUGCGUGACGCCAGCCGAAAAUUUCGCUGCUCUCAUUCCCACAUCCACAGAACCUUCAUGCAGGUGGGCAUCGUCUGUCGGAAAAAGACUAGAUCCUCAGAGUACACGGACGAGCAGAUAACAACCGUGAAAUCUAGCCGUAAAGCAUCUGGGGGCGGCGUUUCAUUGGCAGUUCGAAAAGAUCUGAAGGCGCGGAUUAUCGAGGAUAUCACUUGGCGCACUGUAGAACAAGUCUGGGUGGAAAUUGAACUCGUUGGUCAAAACCUCUUCUUCUGUGUGGUGUACUUUCCUCCUGAUCGUAUCAAUGACUCUUCUUUGAUUGGAGAUCACAUCAAAUCCGUCGAAACUAUAUGUGGUUUUGCUGCUGCAGUCGAUGAAAUAAUAAUUAUUGGCGACUUCAAUCUCCCAGGUCUCAGAUGGCGUUCUUCAACACACGGUUUUCUAUUUGCUGAUCCAGCGCACUCACAGAUUACCCGAAUCGCCUCGGAUCUUCUGGACAGCUACAGUACUGCCACUCUUCGACAGAUAAAUAGUGUACCAAAUGAAAACAUUCGCAUUCUGGACUUGUGCUUUGUCAGUUCUACAAACCAAGCUCCUAGUUUGGUACUAGCUCCGACCCCUUUAGUCAAGGUUGUACGGCAUCAUCCUCCACUGCUGAUAUCGUACGAAAGGACACCACUGCUGGACCGCCAGGAGCUACCGGGCGGUCCAGCAGUGCCCGGGCAAACCCAUUCACGAAUCGCUGCCCGUAAAAAAAACCGUCCCGUUGUACCAUCCGUGUUAUCAGUAUGUUUGAACAGUACAGCUGAAACAAAAUAUUGGGCGUACGAAAGUGCAUCGGUAGUGUAUCCGGAGCGUCUGUUGCAGUUACAAUCAGAUGAUCAAGUGGAAUAUUCAAAUAAGUUCGAGCUUUGGUUGAAGUGCGAAAUAAGAGACGAAAUGAAUAACCUUCUUGUUGAAGAAGAGCAUAACCAACGCCAUGCAACUAGAAGUGUCUUUGUCAACGCGAUCAAGACAUUACCAAACAUCUUCAAUCACCUCUUCAUCGCAACGGUGUUCUUUUACACAGUUUGGGCUUGCUGGAAAAAUGGAUUUGAAAAAUUGUUUACAUGGCAUGUGCUUCUUUGUGUGUUCGGCUUUCACGUUCUAAUGGCUGAAGCAAUUUUGGUGAUUUUCUCGGGCAACACGUGGUCUCAGGCUUUACCACACCCACAACGGCGCACAUUGCACUGGAUCAUGCAAGUGGUAAGCAGCGGCUGUAUCGUGAUUGGAAUUGCACUCGAGUACUACUGGCGAGGAAUCCACAAUAAGGCACACUUCCAGCAUCCACAUUCAAUCCUGGGACUGAUCGCGCUCAUUCUACUGCUCGUGAAUAUGCUCGGCGGCUCAGCUGCUUUGUACGCUGGUGAACUGAGGAAAAAAAUUAAACCAAUUUAUUUGAAACUUUCCCACCAAUUACUUGGCUUAAUGUGUUUCAUCAUUGGAAUGGCAUCACUUGUAUUAGGUUACGAGAAACGGAUAUUUGUGAUGAAUUCAACAACAAAUGUACUCAUAGGGCUACAGACAUUAACAAUUGCUGUGAUAUUCCUCAGUAUUUUAGGUGCACUCCGAACCAUUGCAACACAACUAAGUGUGUUGUUCCCAUAGAACAUCAGGAUUAUGAUAUCUGAUUUGAAAAUUCCUUCAUGAUCUCUGUUAUUAGGAUGAUGAGACGAUGAGAAAAAUUGUUUUUUUUUUGAAAAUGUUGAAGAAAAAAGGAAAAAAAAGUUGAUAGAUCUGAGCCUAGGGGCACGGACGGGAUUUUGACAUAGGACUGAGAUUGUGUGUAGUAAUUGAGUUUUAAAUUGAGUUUUUCAUUGUUCAAAAUCUGCAUUUUUUCUCUUCUGAUACAUCAAAUGGAUGCCCUGAAAAAAUCGUUUCCUGUAUGUACUUGUAUUCUUUAAACGGGUUAGAUGACAUAACGUGGUAGAAUUCGGUACCGCAUUCUGUUUAAAAAUGUACACAAAAAUCGAGGUUGCGUUACUUUCUGUGUAUUAGAGAUAGGAAAUUGCGUUACGUAGGGGGGAGGGGGUCCAAAAUCCGGAUUUUUAGCGUUACGUAAUUUGUGCACGACGCCUUAUCGGUAAAUGGAGAAUAAUUCAUUUUACGCAUCAAGCUUAUGAGUUAAAGCCCGAAUUUAGGCAAAAAGAUUGCUCGUUGCGUCGGAGAGGAAGCGAAUGGAUAGUGAAUCGACAGAAAACAUACCCAAUUAAAUCGUUAAAUUGUUACCUUUUUUUAUUAUAUUCACUGUUCAUGUUUCAAGCAAAAAAAAAUGUGGAUAAAUUUCCUGUCUAAUGAUAUAUAACACAACAUAUGUCGCAAUAACAAUUUUGAGUAAUAUGCGUUUGAAAACUCUUAAUAAAUCUUAAUAAACAUUUUUCGUAGAGUGAUCCCCCUAUAUAGAAAUCAAAGACAUAGUCCUAUGUCAAAAUCGGAAAAAAAAAACUGAGCAAUUUGAAACUGCUCUCGAGCUUGGUAAUCUGAUAGAGUUAAUUGGAAAUUAUAGAUUGAUAUUUAUUUUCUAUUAUAGAAUUUUAGACUUUAAAAUUCAUUCGUGUAUAGCAAAGACAAAUGCCAAUUGAAAGAUUGAUCAAUUAAUUUUCUGGAAUUCAAGCCACGAGCGUUCUUUUUCUGAAAGAACGUGAAUGUUCAGAAAUAUUCAUAUCAAAAAAUCAAAAAAUCAAUUUUGGGCAGGAAUAAGUUAGCCGGGUUAGCCAAGCCAAUAAGUUUGUAUGGCAGCCAAGUCUGCCAUACAAAUAAAACACAAACUUUUGCAUUACUCGAAAAUUAUUCAAGCAAAUUAGACCAAAUUUGGCAUAUUGAGGUUUUAGAGUGCAAUAAAUGAUUCUAUGAUGGAUAGACUCUCCACCCCCCUUUCUAAGGGGGGGCUGCCAUACAAAUGAAACACAAAUUUCUGAAUUACUCGAGAAUUAAUCAAGCAAACGAAACCAAAUUUGACAUGUGGAGAUUUUAGGAUGCAAUAAAUAUUUCUAUUGUGGUUAGACACUUCUCUCGCUCUUUAAGGGUGGGCUGUCAUACAAAUGAAACACAAAUUUCGGCAUAACUCGAAAACUAAUCAAGCAAAUGGAGCCACAUUUGGCAUGUGAAGGUUUUACGGGGCAAGAAACGUUUCUAUGGUGAAUACCUACUCCCCCCUCUCUAAGGGGGGCUGCCAUACAAACGAAACACAAACUUCUGCAUAACUCGAGA